AUGUCCGAGAUCCGUUUCUCCCCUGUCAAGGUUUCACCACUUCCACCAAACGUGAGAGAGCAAUGGAAGGAAGCCAGAGCGCAGCUGAUCAGUGUCGUUCAGAAGCUGAAAGCCGCCACAGCGGAAGGGUUUAUACGGAGAUUCGCCGAGGCUGCGAUACGAGAUGGUUGUAGCGAGUUACAACUUGACCAAGCUUACGAAAUCUGCAGGAACUCUGGCUUAGGUGACGUAUUUGUGCUUGCCCGGAGCGACGCAGAGAUUACCGAAGGUGCUCACUCCCAGGAGCUUGUAUUCCCUUUCUCAUCCUAG